AUGAUGAGGAGACGAUUGUUGGUUAUUGUAUUUCUAAUAUGCACCCUUUUCGAGUUAUGGUAAGUUUCGAGGUGGCUCGUAGCUAACAUGAAACAAACCUCAGACAUACCAGAUUCCAAUAAUAAUUUUAGUUCUCUUGGGAGGUCUAGUUGUCUAGGAAGUCUUUGUUUGUCAAAUCACAAGAAUGUCAUACCAAAUUCUAAAAAUGAAAAUUGGAAGAUCUUGAAAAUAAUUUUCUGAUCCCACACUGAUUUCUCAAGGACAAAAUCUGAAUCCGAUUCAGAUACGAACAUUUUGUCGUCCAGGAAAUUAGGUCAUGUUAAUCAAUACUAGGCCAAACUCAUCACUUAAAAGUUUUGAAUUUUUGCAGUUCUGCUGAUGCUGCUUCCGAUACCGAAAUCAUCAAAAAACUUCUUGAACAUGGUUAUGAUUGGCGAGUUCGACCCCCUGGAAUCAAUCUAACUAUUCCCGGUGAGCCAAAAACAUAGUGCAACAAAGCUAAUAAUCAUAUAUUAGCCAAACUAACGUAGACCUGACUAACUUCAACUUUUAAGGCACUCACGGCGCUGUUAUUGUGAAUGUUAACAUGUUAAUCAGAAGUAUUUCGAAAAUUGAUGAUGUAAAUAUGGAAUAUAGUGUUCAAUUAACAUUUCGAGAAGAAUGGGUUGAUGGAAGAUUGGCGUAUGGAACACCAAACGACGAAAAUCCAUCGUUUCUCAUUUUGACAGCAGGGCAAAAAAUUUGGAUGCCAGACAGCUUUUUUCAGGUAUUUUCAAUUAGAAUGUUUACUAAACAAAUAAUUUUUCAGAACGAAAAAAUGGCACAUCGACAUCUUAUUGAUAAACCAAAUGUUCUAAUCAGAAUUCAUAAAGAUGGUAAAAUCUUAUAUUCUGUAAGAAUAUCAAUGGUUUUAUCCUGUCCGAUGCAUUUGAAUGAUUAUCCAAUGGAUGUUCAAGUUUGUCUAAUUGAUUUGGCUUCGUAUGCUUAUACAGAAAGUGAUAUCGAAUAUCGAUGGAAACCUGAAAAUCCCGUGCAGCUAAAGAAUGGUCUAAAUUCUUCACUUCCAAGUUUUGAAUUGACUAAUGUAACAACAGAUUUAUGCACAAGUCAAACAAAUACAGGAGUAUAUUCGUGUCUUCGAACAAAACUUGAACUUCGUCGACAAUUCAGUUAUUAUCUCCUACAACUUUAUAUUCCUUCAACUAUGCUUGUAAUUGUUUCUUGGGUUUCCUUUUGGUUGGAUCGUGGAGCAGUUCCAGCUCGAGUUACUUUAGGAGUUACAACUCUUCUAACAAUGACAACCCAAGCAUCCGGUAUCAAUGCAAAACUUCCCCCAGUUUCUUAUACAAAAGCUAUCGAUGUUUGGAUUGGAGCAUGUUUGACUUUCAUUUUUGGAGCUCUUCUUGAAUUUGCAUGGGUUACUUAUAUUUCAUCUCGAAGUUUUUAUAGACGUAAGUCAACAUGAAAAUCUUUCCGAGUGUAUUUUUUUGUUUGUUUCAGAUAAAACAGUUGAUUCUGCUCGCGGAUCUUUAUUGAUUGGUGCAAAACAAGCUAUGAUUAUCCCAAAUACAACUCUUCGAAAAUUUUCGGAUCCUGCUCAAAAUAUCGAAAUGGGUUUACCGUUAGAAGAAGACAAUGAAGUUUGGAUUCGACAAACUCUUCCAACUUCAAAUGGUAUUCCAAAUCAUCUAAAUGAUGAGGCUGCUGAACUAAUCGUUUUUGGACCAAGAAAAAUUCGAAAAACACUGAAAAUUACGCAAUUUAUACGAAAUCUUCGAUUAUAUCGAUGGUUUCAACGACGGUUUGAAGUUCAGGAUAAUGCGAAACGUGCAGAUUUGGUGUCACGUGCACUUUUUCCAACUCUUUUCCUAUUUUUCAACUUAUGGUAUUGGACAACUUAUUCAAGAUACAAAGUUCCAGAUGCAAAAUAA